ACAGUAACUCCAGGCCAAACCAUAGACAUUUUGGUAGUUGCAAACCAGCCUCCCAGCUCCUAUCACGUAUCUUCCACUCCUUUUGUUGAUGGGGAUGUUGCAUUCAACAAUAGCACCACCACUGCCAUUCUUCAAUACAACGGCAGCACCACCGCCUCAACCAUUCCCACUCUGACUCUUCCCAAUCCCGCCGACGAAAUGGCUGCCUCAAACUUCACUACGCAAGUCAGGGCUUUGGCAAGCAAAGACUACCCCAUUAGAGUCCCGUUAAACAUCACACACACGCUCUUCAUCUUUGUUUCCGUAAAUGAAAGAAUUUGUCCCAAUUCUUCUUGUGAUGGGCCAGAUGGAAAUGCACUUGCUGCUAGCUUAAACAACAUCAGUUUUGUGACUCCAUUGAUUGAUAUACUGCAAGCCUAUUACGGGGAAAUUUAUGGAGUUUACUCGGCUAAUUUCCCACACAAACCUUAUAUUUUCAACUUCAUGGGACACGUGCGAAACGACACAAUAUAUCCUUACUUUGGGAUGAAGGUGAUGAUGAUUGAAUAUGGUGAAGAAGUUGAGAUAAUCUAUCAAGGGACCGACAUGAUUGCCGCACUCAAUGGAGUAUGGUUUAUGCACUGUCAUUUGGAAAGGCACGCCAGCUGGGGAAUGGCCACUGUACUCAUUGUAACAAAUGGAAACACCACUGAAACCAGCAUGUUCCCAGCACCUGCUUAUAUGCCUCCUUGUACUUAA